CCGGCCGCGCGCCCCCCCGCCGUUGGCGCCGGCAUGUCGGGCCCCGGGCCGCGGGAGCCGCCGCAGGCGGGCGGGCCGGCGGGCCCCGAGGGCGCGGACGCGGCGCUGGGCGAGGCGGGGUUGAGCUUCACGACGGCCGACCUGAGCCUGGUGGAGAUGACGGAGGUGGAGUACACGCAGCUGCAGCACAUCCUCUACUCGCACAUGGAGGCGGCGGCGGCCGACGGCGAGCUCGAGACGCGCCUCAGCUCGGCCUUCCUGGCGGCGGCGGCGGCGCCGGGGGGCUUCGCGGCGGCGGGGGGCGCGGCGGCGGCGGCGGCGGGGGGCGCGCCGCCCGUGUACCCGGUGCUGUGCCCCCCCGCGCUGGCCGACGGCGGCUUCGCGGGCGCCAGCCCGUGCCUGGGCGCCGUCGACGUGCAGGAGCUGCGCAGCAUGCUGCUGAGCGAGGCGGGCGCGGCCCCCGCCGCCGAGCGGACGCCGGGCGCCGACGGCCCGGGCCCCGGCGCGCCCCGGCCCCGGGCGCCCGACGGCGCCGGCAAGGAGAACGCGGAGGGCGGGCCCGAGGCGCGGGCCAAGCCGGCCGUGCGCGUCCGCCUGGAGGACCGCUUCAACAGCAUCCCCGCCGAGCCCCCGCCCGGCCCGCGCAGCGCCGAGCCCCCGGAGCCCGGCGUGGCGGUCAGCAAUUUGGUAACUCUUAUUCGUCAUCCAUCCGAGUUAAUGAAUGUGCCUCUUCAUCAGCAGCAAAACAAAUGUACAACAUUAGUGAAAAACAAAACUGCUGCUGCAACGACCGCUUUGCAGUUUACAUACCCUCUGUUCACUACCAGUGCUUGCUCUACUAGUGGAAGUUCUAAUCUUUCCCAAACACAGAGUUCUAGUAACUCAUGUUCUAUACUCGAGGCUGCCAAGCAUCAGGAUAUUGGAUUGCCGAGAGCAUUUUCUUUCUGUUAUCAGCAAGAAAUUGAAUCCACUAAGCAGACUUUGGGUGGUAGAAACAAAGCUUUGCCGGAGCAGGUUUGGAUUAAAGUCGGAGAAGAAGCGCUAUGUAAACAAGCAAUAAAUAAGAGGAAUCGGAGUAGGAUACGCCAGUUGGACACGCACAUAGAGCGAAGAGCCCUUGGAGAGAUUCAGAACGUGGGCGAAGCCUCCACAGCGGCGCAGGCUGCUUGGCCGUCGGCGGAGCCGUCCCAGGCCACCCUCGGGGAGCAGACACAGAGCGGGCCCCAGGGAGGCAGGUCCCAGCGCAGGGAGAGGCACAACCGCAUGGAGAGAGAUAGAAGGCGCAGAAUCCGCAUCUGUUGUGAUGAGUUGAAUCUUUUAGUCCCGUUCUGCAACGCCGAGACCGAUAAGGCAACGACCCUGCAGUGGACCACGGCCUUCCUGAAGUAUAUUCAGGAGAGACAUGGAGAUUCUCUUAAAAAGGCGUCCCAAACCGUCCUUUGUUUCCGGGAACCUGAUGUCAGGUGCCGAGUCCAGGGCACAUGACGCCCAGCUCGUUGUUUAUCAAGGUACUGGUCACAGGCUGGGUCUGCGGUCGGCUGGCAGUCAGGCACCUGCCGUGUGCAGGGGGUUGUUUGGGGGCUUGAAGGGGUGUCAGGGAUCUGCCUGUAGGAUGUGAAUUUUUUUUUUUUUUUUGCCCCGAGAAAAUGUUGUGAAAGGGAUAAAACACAAAUAGAAAAAAGAAACACAGAGGCGACUAAACGUGAAAUAAAUAGUCUAGAUUUCAAACAUGUUCAGAAGGCAGAGAAGAGGCACUGCGGCCUGGCAGACAGGGGGCGCCUCGGGGAUGGAGCACUUCCAUGCCUUAGUCCAGCCAGCUCAGCCCUGACCCUGUCUUUUUUGGCCGAGAGGCCGUCGAUCCCCUGCAAGCCAGAGGGGCUCCAGAUGCUGGGCGUGAGUGAGGGUCCCGCUCGCCCCCUCCUUGGGGGUUCAGAUGAGAGCACGUUUCCUGCAUUGGCUUCUCUGCUCUGCCUCGGGGGCACCUCGGGUCCGGGUACCGGCCUCAGAACUCUGGGGUCAGGGCGCGUGGUGAUGGGGCCUUAAUGAAAAGCGCCCUGGUUUUGCUCCUGGUCCCACCUGUCGUGUAGUCGCUGUGUUGACGACAGCGCGAGUGGGUAGAGAGCUGAGCGGAGGUUGGCAUGAUAAACGGGGAACCUUUUUAAAAAGAGCCUCCUGUGUUCAGAUCCCAGGGGGCCUGAGCGCUCUCCCCCCGCCCACUUCCGGCCGAGCGCCCCAGGCCGCCUGGGAUGAGGCCCCUGGGCUGAGUGCGGAGCAUCUGUCUUCUCUGGUUCCCUCUGCGGUGCCCACGUGCAUUGCCAUCUUGUGUCUCAUCCUUUCGUCCCAUUCCUUAUUCCCACUGUGUGUUUCAUUGCCUUUUACAGCGAUGCCUGGGUCGCACGUGUGCUAAUUGCAUCCGUCAUGGGUGGGUAUUUAUAAUGUGGUUACGUUAUUUUUUAGCGCUAGACUUGAUUUACUGUCAUAAAAUGGAGCUUUUAUAUUUUAAGAAAUGCUCUUAACGGCUGGCUCUGUGCACCAAGUCUGGGAAGUGAUUAUCUGUGAGUCAUUCAGGCGUGACACAGGUGUUUACAGCAACAACAGCAAAGCGGAAACUGUCUCUGCGGAAACUCAAAGAUGAAAUAAAUUAAAAACUUAUGGACGUGAAUUUUUAUGCAUAUGAGGAUUCCUGAAUAUUUCUGAAAUGUAAUUACCUUGAAUGUGUAGAUUGUUUCUGGGUCGGAUUACAGGACCCAGGAAGAAACAGGCUGAGGCGACGUCAGCGGCACUUUGCGGGGAGCUGGGGUGUAAAGAGCCUGAACCUUUGUGUCCUUACUGCUUCCUGAGUGACUUUCCCCCUCUUACUUACAUGAACUCUUUUGUUCUAAAAGAUGCCAUACACGAAAGUCUUCUGUGAUUUUCCUAAAUUAUUUCAGUACACAUCGCAUCCCACAGGCCUUUCCGACUAACCAGGCUUCUGUCCCAGACACGGGGGGCACUUGGAAUAAGUCAGCGACCCCGUGGGCCAGGUGGUCGAGGAUGAGCGGGUCGCCUCCGUCCCAGUGUGGGGUCUGGUUGACAUGUUGCGAAGGUAGUCCUCCCCGCGGUGCAGGGAGCUGGACUCCAGGAGGAGAGGUUGGGGGGCAGGGGUGAGACGCAGACCCCAGCCAGGGGCCGCGGGACCGGAUGUGGGGCUGCCGGGCUGAGGAAUCGGGGACUGUGGGGCAGGGGUGGUUUCUGGCUUGAGCCGUGGGUGGAUGGUGCUGUUUGCUGAGAUGGGAAGACGUGGGGAGAAACAGGACGCGUGGGGCGGAUGCCAUGUUCUGUGUCUGUCGGGCUAGGUUUUCAGUGCCCAGGAGGCGUCAGGGGGAGGAGCUGAGAAGAUAGACGAGUCUGCGCGUGGGUGGCUCCCUUUGUUUUAUUUCUCCGAUGAACACAGAGUCCGGUGAACAGCUGCCCACCCCUCACCUGGUCCGA